AUGUCAAUCCCGCCACAGCUUAUCCGUGUGAAGCGCAAGAGGGUCGACGAGACGCCAGUCACAUUUCUUCAAUUCGAUCAAGACUCCAAGCGUCAUCGAACCGGAAGCAAUUGGGCAUACCAGCGUCGCGAAGUAGCCGCUCAACAACCUCGACGAGAGAGCAAAUCUACCCAGCCCGUCAUUCAUGUGUCCCCCCCAGACACCACGCCAGGUCGCAAUAAAAGAAAAAAUGAGGCCAAUACACCGAUAAAGCCAGCGCAACACGGUGGCGUAGCAUCCUGCCUCCCUGGACCUCGCAGGUUCCGUGUGUCAAAAUCCAUGUCGGCAAAGGGGGCGACCCAAGCACCUGGUUCCGGAGUCUCCAAGAAGAACAGAUUCGGUCCAGCUGUGUUUGUGGAGUCUUCCGGAAGGAAGAAGGCUCCAAAACUACCCGAAAACCUAGCAGCCGGCCAGCCGACACAGCUCGAGAACGGAUUGCACAGAGCGGAACGGAACCGAGAGGGCAGCAUAGAACAGACGCGGCUAAAGCGGCCAGGAGUAGCAAACAAAUCGUGCGGCACAACUUCGCAAAAUGCAACUCCGAGCUGGGCUCCUCUGCCUGUUUCAUUGAUAGACCGUCACAAUCAGGAUAUGGAUAAGAUAGCAAACGACAUGAAUGCAUGGGUGCUCCACGAGUUGGGUGCCAAUCUUCACAGCAUGGAGCAGGAUAGUAAGCCGUCGAGGUUCAAACCCAAGAGCCCGGCUAAGCGCUUUCACGAACGACACCCGGAGCCUUCUCCUCCCCAGAGCUCCGGGACUGCCAUCGAUAUCACAAUGAGUGACCACAGUGAUGAAGAGGGAGACGACGACGACUGGGUAAUUGAAGAGUACGUCCGCAUCCCGGCUAAAUCUGUAGCUUUGGACGCGGGCCCAGCAGACGUCGGCAUUCUUGUUCUCGGAGACGAGGAGGAGAGUCUUCUCUUCUUCGGGUCAGCGAUCGACGAGGAUGACGAGCUCGACGAAGACGACGAAGACGAGAAUGCGGAAAACUACUACACGGCAGACUACCCCGAGGACGAAGUAGACUCUGGCGACGAGUACGGUCGUGACGCCUACCUUUACCGCCACGGAAACAACUCUGACGAGGAGUACGACAACGAGUACUACGAGGAACAGGAUGAAAUGGCACUCGAGGACGGCGUCGAUGACGACGACGAGGCCCGUAUGGCACGCAUCAAAGAGUUCAUGAAGCGAAACUCCGCAUUCCGUUAG